AUGGCUGUGGACAAUCCUGUCUCCGCCGCUGAGGAUGACUCGGCUGUUCAUCACCAAACCGUCACCUUGCGCCCCAACAAGAAAAAGACCUUCGGCAAGCCCAAAGUCCGAGCCCCAUACCGCGUUGUGGAGGUUGAGAAGAAAAAGCCGCAGCGUACCUCUCUCUUCUCUCUCGUGUUUACCGGACUCAACAUCAUCAGUAUCUCGGCAUACCUUUGUGUACUCUUCAUCAAUAUCAUCCAGACAUGGUGGCGAGGUCAGGGGUUUCAUAGGGCUGCUUAUCUCUUCGCUCUUGGACAGUUCUAUGACAACCUAUCGUCGAUCUUGGAUGGAGCCUGGCGUAUCGUGGUCGGCCUCGCCCGUGACUCUAAACCACGACCGACACUUCGCAUCCUCGGCAACAAUGUCCCAGGAGUUGAUGUCCUUGUUGUUUGCUGUGGUGAGCCGGAUGAUGUCGUCCUGGACACGGUCAAAGCUGUCUGCAAGCUUAACUGGCCACAUGACAAACUCAGAGUCAUUGUGGCUGAUGAUGGCAAUAUGGAAAGCCUUCGCAUCCAAGUCGAGAAGCUGCAAGGCAGAUAUCCACAUCUGUAUUACCAUGCUCGUAAGAAGCCCAGCGAUGGGAACCAUGGAUACAAGGCUGGCAAUCUGAACCAAACCAUCCGCGAAUAUGUCAUCGACCUUCCUGGUGGCCACAAUGACUUCAUGGCGAUUUUCGAUGCCGAUAUGAUGCCUGAGCCUCAGUUCCUGCGAGCCCUUAUCCCACAUGCCCUCAAAAAUGAAAAAAUUGGGAUGGUCACUGCAGCUCAGCAUCACUACAACAUUCCCAAUGAUGAUCCGUUGAACCAAGCCAACUCGACUGGAACUGCAGCUGAUGAUGGGCUUCGAGACUCAGUCAACGUCGCCUGGUGCCCUGGCAGUGGCUUCAUCGUUCGUAAGGAAGCUUGGUCUGAGAUUGGUGGUUUCCCAGAAUUCUCAAUCACUGAAGAUCUCAUCACCAGCUGGUUCCUGCAUGGAAAAGCCUGGAGGAUCGUCUUGGUUCAUGAAGUUUUGCAAUGGGGGCUGCAGCCAGAUUGCAUCCUGACUCACUUGAAGCAGCGCCGACGCUGGUGGACUGGACAUAUCCGUGACGCUUUCAAACUGGGCUUCACCUUGUGGGACUACCGCCUCAAAGAAGCUACACGGCUUCAACGCAUCGCCAUGCUGCACCAUAGCUGUCGACCUUACUUGAUGACAUUGACCAAGCUUGCCACCUCUGUUUUCGCAUUUGUCUGCCUCUACCGCGGUCGACCUGUCAUAGCUACCCCAAGUCAGAAUGCACUGUAUUGGGCUGUCAUGUUCCUUGCAAUCGUUCGUAUGAUGGCACUGAUUGGAGACAUCAAGUCGGUCUUUGGCAAAUACUACCUGAGCGUCCGUCGUCGUACUGCCACCGGAGUCUGGAUGGGUCAUCACUUCUCCCGCGAUGUUCUUCAAACCUUGCUGCCAAAGCGACUUGGUGGUCUGCGUCUUGGGUUCGGAGUGAGCGGUGUCGGCGGUACUUCUGUUAAAGAACGCGAUAUCAAUAACCGUCCUCCUCUUGUCAAGAGACUCUGGAUGCUCCAUCGCCGUGAAGGUAUCUUGUGGCAUGUUGUCCUCUUUUUCAUCAUGUCUUAUGUGUUCAUCUUCAGAAUUCAGUCUGAGAUCAAGGCAUCGGUUAUUGACGGCAGGUUCAUCGCUGACAAGGCGUUUUGGUUUCGCUUCAUCGCUUCGGCUGGCUUUCCUGGGCUUGGACUCAUCGAGACAAUUCCCCUGUACCUCACACCUGUCGUUUACGCCAUCUGGCCGCCAACGAUGCCACAGCGUCGUGACAGCAUGAAGUAUGACGGCAAGAGCGGACUGUGGAAGCCAAUUCCAGAGUACAAGAGCAUCAAAUGGACAUCGGCUAGUUAG